AUGGCUUUGCUCGCUUUCUUCGCUGCGUCCGUGUUAGCAGCCACGGCAGUUCUUGUCGCCGGUCAGGAAGGUUUUCUGAGCAUCGACUGCGGUCUGGACGCCCAAUUCAGCGGCCGUCGGGACACCUAUACAAACAUCCUCUAUGUCUCCGACAGUCCGUACGUCGACGGCGGGGAGAACCACAAGAUUGCCGCCGAUCAAAUGAGCAAUACUGGUUACGACCCCUCCCUGCAGACGCUGAGGAGCUUCCCGUCCGGCGUGCGGAAUUGCUACACGAUCCCCACCGAGAGCGGCGCCAAAUACCUUGUCCGGAUGGAGUUCAUGUACGGGAACUACGACGGCCAGAACAGCUCGUCGGUGCAGUUCGACAUCCACCUCGGCACCAACUUCUGGGAUGCGACACUUUCCAGCCCGACCGACGACUGGUGGUCCGAGGCCAUCUUCGUCGCGUGGUCCAGCUGGGUGCCGGUGUGCCUAGUCAACACCGGCGGUGGCACGCCGUUCGUCAGCACCGUGGAGCUCAGGCCGCUCCAAGCCUCGCUUUACCCGGACGUCAGCAUCAACGUGUCAAUGUCCUUGUUUUCCAGGAAAAAUUUGGGGGCUAGCUCUUUUACCCGGUUUCCUGAUGAUCCAUAUGACCGUUUCUGGAGUCGGCGAAACAACUCAUUGUGGACCAACAUUUCCACCCAAGAGACCAUCCAGUUGGACGGUAACUUUGCGGUUCCCAGCCCCAUUCUCCAGACAGCCAUUGCCCCUAUCAGCAAUGGCGCGGUGAUAAUAGUUAGCGAAUGGGAAUCAUACAAAGCUUCAUUUGAGUUCAUGGUGUUCCUCCACUUUGCUGACUUCCAAAAGAGACGACUCCGGCAGUUCAGUGCAUAUAUCAACAACGAGGUGCUUGACCAGUAUAGUCCCAAGUACCUAACUGCUUCUUCGGUGCAAAAUUCUGGGUGGUAUAGGGCAACAGAUGGAAAAUACAGUGUCAUUCUUGCAGCCACCAAUUUAUCCAUGCUACCCCCGAUGAUAAAUGCAUAUGAGAUCUACAACCUCAUCCCCCACGACAUGCCGAGGACGUCCUCUGAAGAUUUCGAGGCAAUGAUGGCUAUCAAACGUGAGUAUGGAAUAAACAAAAAUUGGAAUGGUGAUCCAUGUUUUCCUCCAAAAUAUGCAUGGAAUGGCGUGAAAUGUAGCAAUGUAACUGGCAACACUACAAGGAUAAUAUACCUGGACAUGUCCAACAGUAGCCUGAAUGGAUCGAUAUCUAAUAACUUCACAUUACUCACACAACUCCAAUUUUUGGAUUUGUCUGGGAAUAGUUUGAAUGGCCCAAUUCCGUAUACCCUUUGUCAAAAGAAUGCAGGGCCACUCAUUUUCAGGUAUGAAUCUGGUGAAGAUAUGUGCAACAAAACAAUAAGUCCUCCUCCCGCAAGAAAUAAAAUAGCUACAAUCAUAUCUAUUUCGGUAGUAGUUCCCAUGGUGGUAGUGGUAGUUCUUGUUCUUUCAUUCCUGUUCUGGAGAAGGAAUAGAAAAAACCAAAUCUCCACAUAUUAUCCUCCAAGUGCACCAACACCUAAUAGUGCUCCAGUAAGCACUAAAAGUAAUGUGGAUCAACUUCACAAUUCAGAAAGUCGUCAAUUCACAUACAAGGAGCUGGUGAAGUAUACUAAUAAUUUCGAGCGGUCCAUUGGCCAAGGAGGAUUUGGUCUCGUGUACUAUGGUCAUUUAGAAGACAAUACUGAAGUUGCUAUCAAGAUGCGAUCUGAAUCAUCAUCGCAUGGUCUUGAUGAGUUUCUAGCUGAGGUCAAUAGCUUGACAAAGGUGCAUCACAGGAACCUAGUUUCUUUGGUUGGUUACUGCUGGGAGAAGGAUCAUUUAGCACUUGUUUAUGAGUACAUGUCUCGAGGCAGUCUUUGUGAUCAGUUGAGAGGUAAAAAUGAUGUUGGAGAAACCUUGAGUUGGAGGACACGUGUACGAAUUGUACUUGAAUCAGCACAAGGCCUAGAUUAUUUGCACAAGGGAUGCAGCUUGCCAAUAAUUCACCGAGAUGUCAAAAGCAACAACAUUCUCUUAGAUGAAAAUCUACGAGCAAAAAUAGCUGAUUUUGGACUUUGCAAAACCUAUCUGAGUGACACACAGGAUCAUAUAUCAACCAUUGCAGCUGGGUCAGCAGGUUACAUGGACCCUGAGUACUACCACACUGGAUGGCUCGCCGAGAGCAGUGAUGUGUAUAGCUUUGGUGUUGUUCUACUUGAGGUAGCCACUGGUGAGCCUCCAAUAUUGCCAGGCCAUGGUCACAUCGCUCAACGUGUGAAACAGAAGAUAUCUAGUGGUAACGUUAGCUUGGUCGCUGACGCUAAGAUGGGAGGUUCCUAUGAUGUCAACUCCAUGUGGAAGCUGGUCGACACUGCCAUGGCUUGCACAACAGAUGUUGCUAUUCAAAGGCCACCUAUGGCUGUCGUAGUGGCGCAACUGAAAGAGAGCCUUGCAUUGGAGGAAUCUCGCGGGGACAAUAGUGUCACUGGAAGCUUCACGAGUACUACCGGGGCCCCAAUGUCCACAUUUGGUCCAUUAGCAAGAUGA